AUGAACGGCUAUCCACCCCCAAUGCCGCCGUCAAGCUCGACUUGGACGACCGCAAAGACGCCCGAUGGCCGCGAGUACUACUAUAACACCAUCACGAAGCUUACGACGUGGGAGAAGCCCGAUGACUUGAAGGACGAAGUAGAGCGCGCGCUUCCCGGCACCGGCUGGGCAGCCCACUGGACAGAGAAUAGGCGGUACUUUGCGCACAUUGAGACGAAACAGACAACGUGGAGCAUACCCGACGCGGUUCAGCAGAAGAUCGACCAGAAUAGGCAGAACCAGCCGCCUCAGCGUCCUCCUCCAGUGGGCCCUUCUGGCUGGGCGGGCGGCCCACCCUCGAAUGCGCCCUCGUACGACAACAGGCGCCCGGAACGCGACGAGUAUCGCCCCGACCGUCAUGACCGCCGCGAUGACCGAGACCGCGAUCGCGAUCGCGAUCGCGAGUCUGCCUUUGCCGGCGACCGCCCUAGCAUCAACUUCACAACGGGCAAUGAGCUCCAGUUCUCUACCCCUCAAGAGGCCGAGGCUGCUUUCAUCAAGGUGCUUAAGCAGAUCAAGGUGCAGCCCGACUGGGGCUGGCAGCAGGCUGUACGCGCUGGUAUCCACGAUCCCAACUGGCGCGCCAUAUCGGAGCCAGAGAAGCGUGAGGAGGCCUUUAAGAAGUACUGUGAAGAUUUGCGCGCCCAAGAGAAGCAUAAGGAGCAGGACCGCCAGGCGAAGCUGCGCGCUGACUUUACCGCCAUGCUUCGCUCGCACCCGGAGAUCAAGUACUACACCCGCUGGAGGACUGCACUCCCCAUUAUUGAAGACGAAACCAUCUUCCGCUCAGCCAAGGAUGACAACGAGCGGAGGGCGCUGUUCGAGGAAUACAUCAUCUCGCUCAAGAAGGCGCACGAGGAAGAAGAGGCAGAAAGCAGGCGGUCCGCGCUCGACGAAGUCCUGGUACUGCUACAGGAGCUGGAUCUGGAGCCCUUUACUCGCUGGCAGACGGCCGAGGAGAAACUGGAACGCAACGAUGAGUUCAAGAGCGAAAAGUUCCAGACUCUGACUCGCAUUGAUGUGCUCAAUCAGUUUGAGAAGCAUAUCCGACAGCUUCAGCGCGAGCACAACGACCGAGUUCAGGCUGAGCGACGUAUCAAGCACCGUGCCGAGCGUAAGAACCGCGAUGCCUUUAUAUCGCUGCUGGAUGAGCUCAGGCACAAGGGCGUACUGCGCGCUGGCACCAAAUGGAAGGAGAUGCACAACACGAUCCAGGAUGAUUCCCGUUACACUGCAAUGCUUGGCCAAAGCGGGUCUUCGCCGCUUGAUCUGUUCCGCGAUGCUCUCGAGGAGGAGGAGAGCAAGUUCCGUACUCUACGCCGACGAGCUCUGGACGUACUAGAACAACAACGCUUCGAGGUUACCACAUCAACCCCUGUGGAAGAGUUCCUAAGUGUCAUGCGAAAAGAUGCUCGCACCGCUGAUAUUGACGAACAGUCCAUGCACAGCAUCUACAACUACGUUCUUGCAAAGGUGAAGAAGCGCGAGGAGGAGGAGCGACGGGACGAGGAGUCGAACGAACGCUAUGCUGUAGACAAGCUCCGCUCUGUCAUCAAGCACCUUGAUCCGCCAGUGUCGGUUACAGACGACUGGGAAGUGGUACGUCCCCGUGUUGAGAAGACAGACGAGUACCGCGCACUGAAAUCAGAUUCCCUACGCGAGCUGGCAUUCGACAAGUUUAUUUCGCGAUUGAAAGACAAGGAAAGUGAUCGUCGCGACCGCAGCAGGCGCGAUGAUCGCGAUCGUGAUAGGGACAGGCGUGACCGAGACCGUGAGUAUCGCAACGGGCAUUCUGACUCUCAUCGCCGUCAUCGUACACGUACUCGCUCACCUGAACAUGACCCGUACGCUGCAGAACGUCGCCGAGCCGUUCAAGAUAGGGAGGCGCGCUACAGAAACAGCGACAGCACUGGCCUGUCCCCUCUCCCACGCCGCGACCGCCGUGAUGAUGACCGAUACGAACGCUCUCGCCGAAGCCCUCUUGGAGAUCACUAUGGCCGUGAACGCCGCGAGCGUGAAGUGGAGCGUGAACGAUCUUACGUUAGUAGAGCCGAUCCACGCGAGGUGACGGUCAGUCAGCUUGACUAUGGUGACAGUGGUGGCCGUACCUCGUCGACUCGUCGCCGCCGCGACAGCGACGAGAGUUCGAGCAGGCGCGACCGCGAGACCAAGCGUGCGCGUUACUCGCCUCGGGCUGAGCGCAAGUCGAAAACGCCUGUGCCGGAAGCAUCGACCAAGAAGGAAGAGGAAGAUCGUGCACUCCGUAGUGGAAGUGAGGAAGGCGAAAUCGAGGAGGACUAGAAGUCUUCUCACAUGCACCCCUCUCGCAGGAAGUUGGCUGCAUUUGGUCGUACGCUCUUGGCUGUCUGCCAUGGGAAUUUCAAGUAAGUAGGCUACGGUAUAUUCUUCUCACCAGUGAGUCAGUUGGUUGGCUGUCCGGUCGCCAUGGUGUUAGUACG